AUGUUCUUGUUCUGGGAUAGAAACAUCGCCGUGGCAACACUCACAGUCUUGGGAAUGCUUACCAUCAUCACCUCACUUCUUUCUUACACCAUCAUAUUUAUCAAGCUGCGUCUACAUCAAGCUACUGUGCACCCUACUGUGCAAUGCGAUGUUCACCAUCAUGGGCAACCAAUUGGAGGGGGAAUUCUGGCGUUGCGCAUAGCACAGUUUAAAAGAACCGUUACCAGCAUAGCUUUGGUGCAGUCGGCGUUAGUUAUAUGCUAUAUCCCAUUUGUUAUUGUAAAUGCGAUAUUUCUGUUGAAUAGCAUUCUUGCCAACAGUGAGGUUUUCUACAUGGCCGCGAAUCUUGUAAAUUCAACUCUCGUCUCAUCUCUUAACCCGUUCCUGCACUGUUGGAGGAUCACAAAAGUGAGGCAAGCCGUGAAGGCCACAAUUAAAAGGAUGUGCUGUAUUUUUUUACGCUAAGUCUUUUAACCCUCGACGGCGAUUUAUGGAGAAACAGUUUGAUUUUUUUGAAAAAUCGCUUUUCAAUCAAACGAGUAUAUGUUAAAAGAUGCAGUAGACAAAAUAAGGACUUACUAGGGACAUUAGCAGAUAACAUGGGGGACAAUUAUCGGUUGUUUCAUCUUUUAUGAAAUCGAUUUCAGGAAAUGCCAGCUAUAUAGUAAAUGUAAGCUCACGGUAUAUUGUUAAUGUGAAAUAAUGAAGAAGAGCUAAUUGUGACUAGAUAUAAAUGUUGGGGGAUGGUUGUACGAGCAACUCGCUCGCUAUCGAAGAGGUACUGAGAAUCUAGGAUCACAUCUUGGAGGACCUCCACAAGCUCGCUUACGUUCUUCUGCAACAGAUCCAAACAUUAUCGCCCCAACUUAACCGUUAGUUGAUCACCAAAGGGGGUUGACACAAGCCUGCAUGGUUGAACAUGCCAAGUAUGCUUAAUUAACCCACGGAAGUUUGACAACCCUCUAGGCACUACCCGUUGAACUACUGAAUCAUGAACUACGAUAUAGGCAAAACCCAGCGUUGGACAAUUGCAAUCUAACCGAUUCCACGAUCGUAAAAGCAGUUUCCAAUGGCUUUAGCAAUCGUUGUUAAUAUUGUUAAAAUGUUCAACAUGAUGGAAGUGUAAGACAAAAGGGCGUUAAAGCUAUACAAGUCACGGCUGGCGGUCAAAGAGAUCUCCACAUUCCCUCAUUGCUCGAAAAGUACUCAUUCCUGAAGUUCUGUGUUUGAUUACACUUCCAGAGGCGCAUGUGCCGCGAGAGUGACCGGACGCUUCAGCUAGCGCUCCGCGUUCUCGCAUAUGUGUAUUUGCAGUUAGGCUAGUUAAGAUCGUUUCUUUUUUCGUCGUUGACUAAUGGGGGUCAUAGUGAAAGCGUUAAGAAGAAAAAACGAUAAUUUAAAGAGACAACUGAAUGACCUGAAGAAGGAAUUUCAGUCUAUCAAGUUUAUCAGUAGUCUCUAGUCAUUGUUGUCAUGACAAUUUUAGUUUCUUUAGUUCUCUUGUUACUUUUAGCUGUAUUUAGUUGUAUUUAUUUCCUGUAAACAUGACCGGCGUAAAUUAGCUUAGCUCCCCGCUGGCAUGUUAUUGAACUUUUACUUCAAAACACAAUGAAAUAAAAUGAAGCGAGGAAAGAGGCUUUGGAAGUGACCUUUUUUUCUUUUUGACUAUCUAGCCAACAAAAACUCUUUAAGGCCAGUACCACCUGACGUGCCUAAUGGCAUGCUUAAACUCAGUAGAAUAUGGGAUGACAUUUUAACAUUAUUUAUCGCUUUCGUAAAUCCUUACAACUUUAGCAAUGUUGUAAGAAAAAACUACACAUAAAGUCAUGCAUUUGAAUCCAACUCAAGCAUCGGUCAGGUACCUGACCCUCACUGGUGUUUAUUGAAAUCGUAUUUUGGUCAAUUUUUCACUUAAUUUCUUGCUAAGCUGGGCGAAUAAACAGAUGUCCCCUUUCUUCGACCUUAAAUGGGGUAAACUGACUCAGCCAAGCUGAUGGUGAGCAUUUUAAUACGUUUCUCUACUUUGAAAUGUAUAUAUAAUUACUUUCUUUUUAAAACAGCGACGCCAUUUAAGUGUUCAAAAUUUCACUUUGAGUUAUUGUAAUUUUUUUCUCUGAAAACAAUUGAGCGAAAAGAUAUAAUAAUAUCCAAAUUUAUAGCCCAUGGCUUUGGGGAAACUUCUGCCCUUGUAACCGGCAGUAGAUAGUCCCACUGCCUGAUCGUUUUUACCGAUUUUAGUUUAUUAAGCCUACAACUAGUGGGCUUACAAACAUGCUGAUUACAGUGAAGGUCUAGAACUACGUAAAGGAGGAUCAGGAGGUGAGCGUUUGGGAGAUGGGACCUUAACUACAGUCUGUAAUGACGCACUACACGCCAGAAGAGCUAGUAUACAAAUGGAUUUACCAUAAUUAAAGCGUAAGGUUUUUAAGGAGCUGAUCUAAGCCUAAGGACAUGCAACAAUUAGAAAAAUGCAAAAUUGCGAGGAAAUAUAUUUCUACAAACAUAUAAUUGGCACGGUGGCUGUGAAUUCUAUUUUGCAAAUAAUAAAAUGUUAACUCUGUUUUUUAGAGCUUAAUGGCGCUGAUAUAUUGAAACAUUAAUACCGGAAAGCGGAGACAUUCACACUUGAGUCUCAUUGAGAAGAAGUGCCACUGAUGAUGACAAUGGACAAAUAGCUGGUUGUUUUUCUGUAUCAUGCGGGUUGUAUCAUUUAUUCAAUACUACAAAUCUGUUAGCAAAAGCUACAGCACAUUCUACGUAUUUACUUGUCAUAAAUAUAGGUCGGUGCAUACUACGUUAACAAGAAGAAAUAAAUCGGCCAAGAAACAAAAGUCAACUAUCGCUUAAACGUGACACAGGAAAACUGUUAUAACUUCCUCUACGACGUGUGUACUAACAGGGUCUAGAAAGGUCAUGUCAUUUUUCAAAGUCUGAAUCUCGUCAGUAAAAUUUAACUUUCCAAAGGCUGAACCAUGUUAAUGAAAUCUACCCUUCCUGAAUCUGAUUCUGGCUUGCAAAAUGUCGCGCAGAAUGUUCUUGAAAGCGCAUCGGAUGUGUCUAAACUUCCAGCAGUAAACCAGAGGAACAAGGGAUGAACUCAAAUAUAGCAGCGUGUGAGUGUAAAUUGACAUAUGUUCCCCCACCUCAUUUCUCCGUGUCUCCAAGAUCACAAUAGCGAUUGGCAAAUGGCAGGCCAAAAACAACAGAUAGGCGUAAAAUGUACCAACUGCUGUUUUUCUCACUCUUUCAAAAUUUGAUCGGUUUUCUUCGUUCGGUGCCACUGCUUGGGCUGGCUGUGCAUGAACUUGAACGGUGUGGCGACGUACGGCUAUGUAAAUCUUGAAAUAGAUUAGACCCAUAGUAAGAAGACAAACCAAUCCCACAGACACUGAUGCAAGGUUACAAACAUAUCCACCCCUCAAAACACCGGUUAGAGCCAGGAAAGCACUGAGAAGCCAGCUUAAGAUCACUGCAGCUACAACACGCUUGUACGUCACAAAUUCUUGGUAGGUGAGAAGUUCCUGGUGUUUGAGGUGAAGGUGGAUAGCAAGGAAUCUGUCAACGCUGAUAGUUGUGACACCGAAGAAUGAAGCAUAACCAAGGGUGCGUCCUAUGGGGUACAGAGCUCUAUCUAUAUCUUUGUAAGUUUCCUGGUCGUCAGUUUGUUGUAUUUUCAUAAUCAUGCGAGCGAUGUACAAAGGCUGGACAGCUAAUCCAAUGCCAAGAUCAGAAAUAGCCACGCUGAGGAUCAAUGCUUUUAGAGUCUUUGGCAGUGAUGAAGACCUUCGCAGCGCGAAUAUUAAGACAAUGUUCGACAUGAUUGUUGUGUAAGAUGAGAAGAAAUUGACUAUGACGUUUAUGAUGAGGUAGGGAGAGAAAUCUGCUGCCUCUUUCAUCGUGUAUUAUAACUUCGUUUUUCCAAGAGAACGGGAGCGGAGUCAGAAAGGCAUGCUUUCUUGAAUGAGUUUACGUUUAUGAGGAAGACGUCGGAUGAAGGACUCUCUCCCUCCACGAACGCCUCUUCUUAGAGGUGUUCAAAAGCGGAAUCCAGAUGGCCUUGAAAGAUGCAACAAGGAACUGCUCAAGGAUCGAACAAACGUCCUAAAGAUCACGUGAUGUAACCUUACUGUUGACGUUUUGAAACAUGCUGCGAACUGGGGUAAAUUUGGACGUUUAAAAAUUUGAAAACCUCUGAACGUCAGAGCAAUUAUAUUAAAAGUCCAUUUCCAAUAAACAUCCGUCGUUUAAAGGUGGUGUGCAUCAUCCUGUAUUUUUUUCACAUUUUGUUUCUUCGAAUGGUGUCCGUUAGCACAAAGUAAAAGUUACAGUCCUCCCUAGAAGCCUCAGAAAAACGAAUAAACGAAAAGAUUACUAUUCUUCAUAAGUCUUCCUUGAAGUCUACGUUUAUUAUAGAGAAAGAAAAUUAAUGCUCAUCUUAAAAAAGGGAAACAAAAUGAUAGAUCACCAUACUAGUUUAAAAGAAAAUGAAGACUAUCUCUUUAGGGAGCUCCAGCUUUAAGGCAAAAGGCGCCAUGUUUUAAUGUGCGCGGUCUAAUCAUGGAUGUAAUUAUGUGCAGUAAGGAUGUACACUGCAAUAAUAAGGAAAAAACUUAACUGUUGUAAGUCUCGUGAUCCAGACCAAUGAAGGAAAAGUGAAUUACAUGAUGCGAACGUAGAUAGCAAAAAUUCAGCUAUUGUUCAGACACUUAAAACGUGCUUUAUUAUGCUUCAAAAAAAAAAAGGUUAAAUCCAGAGCAAAAAUUAAACGGAGGGAGAGAAGCGACGACCGGAAAUGCGUCCGCUGUUCGCAGGCUACAGAUGCCUCUAAUAUGUAAUAUUAAGUAACACCCUCCGGCUCCACGCCUGUUUUUUGCCAGGUUAUCUUAUUAUGAAACAGCAAAUAAUUCACAGGGCUUCCAGUGGGUUAUUGUAUUGUUUGUGUAAAUGCGUUAUUUGUCGUAUUCAACACUUUCCAUGUAAUAAGCUCUAAAAGAAGCGGUAUGUCAUAUCUCGCUACAAUAUUAAACUUGUGUGCUGUCAAGGUUGAAUUUGUUAUUAACUUUUCUCUGACAUUAACUUUUAUCUUGAUAUUAACUUUUCUCUGAAAUUGCUCGUCCUUCUGCUUGUCAAAGAUAGAACACCUCCGUUUUUAACUCAUAAAGAGCGAUCAGCAUCACAUUUCUCCUUGCAAUAUUGGUGACAAGAAUUAAGGGUAUGAUAAAAAAGAUAUGAUGUGCGAUACUUCAACAACUGCUCCCCACUACUUCAGGGAAAACGCGGCACGAAAUGAGAAUUUAAAUUUUGAUAUUAGGGGCUUUUUUACCGUUAAUAGGAAACGGAGGAAGUAGCAAAUGAUUAAUUUGCAAAUGUAGCUACAUGUAGUCGUAAAUUGCAUGCGGUGCGGUGAAUUUGGAGUAAAACUUUCGAUUAACAUUCAGCGGAAGUUAAUCCAUGAUGUGGCUAAGUUAACUGUUCUCAUUAAAAUGUUUUAUACAACCAUUGUCUUCAAGCCGAUGACUGAAUGAUUUUGUAAUUGCCCGCCUUAUGAUAAAAAAUUUAAGUGUCUUGUCAGCGCCAAAUCAUGAUGUGAAAUAACUGCUACCAAAACAAUAUUUUGGCGUCUGACCUAUAAUUGUCACUUUGAAUUAUCACUUUGAAUAAUCAGCAAUUAAGGCUGAACAGUCAUAAAGGACGGUUUUCUAGCCUACUGGCCCAAUAUUUGUUAUUAUGAGAGUACAGCAUGUAUAACUGAAAGGCAGUCGCGCCCUUUAGAUGGGAAACUCAACCGAAUAUAGAAACGUUACCUCUUCCGAGGUAUUUAAUCUGGCGACAGUGAUCAUAUUUUGUUCUCUUAAUAUUCUUCUUUCCAUCACGGCAUCGGUGGGCAACAUUCUGAUCCUGAUUGCUCUUCGCAAGGUAACUCCUCUUCAUUCACCAACGAAACUGUUGUUUCAAUGCCUGGCGAUCACUGAUCUUGGCGUUGGUCUCAUUUCGCAGCCACUCUAUGCCAUCUUCAUCUUUCUGAUAAACUUCAACCUUUGGAAUAUCAUCUCUAUUCUCCACGAUAUAACUUGGGGGUUAUCAAUUUGUCUUUCUGGAGUUUCGGUACUCACAACGACUGCUCUAAGUGUGGACAGACUUCUCGCCCUUUUGUUGAAGCUAAGGUACAGGCACGUUGUGACACUGAAGCGAGCUCGUGCAGUUGUUUUCUGCUUUUGGUUAAGUCCUGUUUCGGGCAUUUUCAUGUUCUUGGUCUGGGAUACAAACAUCGCCUUGACAGCAAUUUCAGUUUCGGUAAUGCUUUGUAUCGUUACCUCACUUCUUUCUUACACCAUCAUAUUUAUCAAGCUGCGUCUACAUCAAGCUACUGUGCACCCUACUGUGCACCCUACUGGGCAAUGCGAUGUUCACCAUCAUGGGCAACCAAUUGGAGGGGGAAUUCCGGCGUUGCGCAUAGCACAGUUUAAAAGAACCGUUACCAGCAUAGGUUUGGUGCAGUCGGCGUUAGUUGUAUGCUAUAUCCCAUUUGUUAUUGUAAAUGCGAUAUUACUGUUGAAUAACGUUCUUGCCAACCUUGAGGUUUCUUUCAUAGCGUCUCUUGUAUAUCCAACUCUCGUCUUCUUAAACUCAUCUCUUAACCCGCUCCUGUAUUGUUGGAGGAUCAAAGAAGUGAGGCAAGCCGUGAAGGCCACAAUCACACUGGGGAUUUUUGGUCGAUUUUGA